GUGACGCACAUCUGGCCGCUAGUGCGCUGUGGCGCAGUUUCAACACUUACCGGACGUGACGUUGCUCAUUCGCCUUCAGCGUUGUGAGCCGAUAGAUUGAUGUGAGUGGACAUCGGUAACCGGUGACGGGACAAAGGAGCAACCUAGUUAACUAGUUCUGCGGAGACGCCUCCCUCACAUCCUUCCACGGAAGCCAUGGACAUGAACGUAGAGGAAGAGCUGCAGACGGGCAUGCUCAGCAUUUCUCCUCCCAGACGGUCUUUAAACAGGAUCCUUGCUGCUGCUGCACCUCCAACCUCAGGACGACCAACUGUUCCAAGUAAAGAAGGUUUUAAAUAUGCUCAUCAGCUGUGGAGUAAUGAACUGCUCUCCCAGCUCAGGGACAAUGAACUCUCCCAAACCCUAGCAUGCCCCUUUUGUUCACGUUGACCACGUUCUGGUCUUGUUUGUUUGCUGCUGUUCUGCUUUCUCGUUCCAGUGAUUUUGAAAUAAUGAGGUGUCAUCACCAUCUGCAUCAGCUGUUCAUGAGGGUUCAGAAGUAGAGGUCAGACCUCCUGUACAGACACCGGUACCACUUCCACAACAGUUGAUGUUCCUUGUUCCAGAAGCAACAGGUUCCCUGCCAGCAGAAUCGGCUUCUACAGAACCAGGCCAACCAUCACCAUCUGCCUCCAGCUGUCCUACUCCUCAGCUUCCUGGCUAUGACCAUGAUACAACUCAGUGGAGCUGUUCACACUUUCAGAGGGUCUGGAUGAAGACGGAGCUGGAAUCGCUGGGCCUCUGGCCAGGUUCACUUCUUGCGAGCAACCCUAUGAAGAUGGUGUCACUGUGGCGUUUCCCACCCCAGCCAGAACUAAUCGACACCAUCUCUGAUUUUCCAUCUCCAAAGUACUUUCAGCUUCACCCGUUUUUCAUAUGGAAGCCAGAGAACGCCAUCAUGGCAAGGCUGAGAAACAACUAUGCUCUGCCUUGUGUUAAAGGUUGUCUUCAGCCUCAGGUUACCUCUGCAGGUGUUGGCAGACCUCGUGUGAUUGUGGGACUCACUGGACAGUACUACUUGUUUUCAUCCAGGCUGUGUUGCAAAGUCUGUGGGAGAAAAUGGUUCGCUGACAAUCCACAAUGGCUGCAAAAGCUUCCAAAGAGGUUUUCAAACAUGUUGCCAGCAACGCUGACCUACAAGAAGGCCAUUUGUAAAUCCGUAAUAGACGAACUAAGACGCACUGGGAACUCCCCCACAGAAAUGGCAAAUCAGAUCAUGGAGAUGAUGCAUCUGAAGUAUGAACGUGCCAACCUGGCUUACCUACUCAGCUGUCAGAAUAUUAUGGAUGGUGAGUCAGGAAGGUAUGGGCAACAAACCAUCACACAGUUCAUACCACAGGAAGGACAACCAAUGCCUUUCGGCGAUUAUGGGGAUUCAGAAGGCUGGAAUGGGAUUUCUGUGUCUGCACACUACCUGACUGACUGUCUACUGAACGAGUACCAGCACCAGGAAGGAGCCAUCAAUAAACUGCUGCAGGGCACCUUUGGACAGACUUUCCGCUCAGUCCACAACCGCAAGGUUGCACGCAAGGUCACGUUUUCAUCUGGUGCCAUGUCAUCAUAUGCAGUGAUGAAUGAACACUGGAUGAUCAUUUCAUGGGUGAUGGUACAGUCUGAGACAGAGAAGUCACUGAGGCCCAUGUACGAAGGACUGUCUAACCGGUACGACAGUGCAGUCAUGGAGAAGGCCCAGUACCACUGGGUAAACCGAGAUUGCUGUGCAGCAUUUACAGUGGCAGAAUGUGUUCCAGGAGAGCACCUAGAGUGGGAAGCUUGGCAGACAUCUGCUGUGAUAACUGCUGAAGCCACUUCUGGGAACUUCCUGAAUGUGUGUGCAUCAAGAGACCACUACAACAUGGACAUAACCAUCAAGCUGGACCUGUUCAGCUGCAUGCGCCGGUUCCUUCGUGAGUGCGUCUCUGAGCAUCAUCCCCUGUAUGGUUCCUUUGCCCAGUUCCUGUCUGCAGCCUUCUCCGUGGUGGAUCAGGAAGACCUGCAGAGGCUGAAAGAUGCCUACACAUUUUGUGGCAUUCAACCUGCUAAUCCCACUAAACAGCACAUCCAUGAGCACUGUAGGACCAAGAUUCCAGGGCCGGAUGAGGUAAUUCAGAGAGUGGAGGCAGUUUUGAAACACUUCCACCUCGCUGAAGAUCCAAAUGGGACUCGUCUAUUUAAGGCCUCUAUGUUAAAGGCGUGGCGGAUUCAGCGAGUGCACAUCUUGCGUGGUUGUCUGAGUGACCCAGAGGUGGAAGGUGGAAUCCUGUACAGACAUGGAGGAACAGUGCAGUUGAACAAUGUGAAAGGCGAAGGUGCCAAAGUUCCGGUUUGGAUCCCCAUCAGAGGCACAUCUCAGCAGGAGGGUUACCACUUCCAUCAGGCUCAGUGGGUCACUGGAACACGUGUUUCCCCAGAGCUGUUUCAGGCUCAAGCAAUGACUGGGGUGGCUCGAUGGAACUACCAGCGGCUUGUGGACUUGAAACAGCCAGGGGUUUCCCUCCCAGCUGCCUUUGAUCCAGUUUUGAUUGCAGACCUCAAUGCAGCCUCUGGACAUGUGCUUGGGACUGUGAAGUAUCCUGCUCUUCAAGUGUGUGGCAGAGACACUGGGGAGAGGUUUGGUCUGGAGUAUGCUGAGCCUGGUACCCGUCCUGUUCCUCUGCAGUGGGAUAAGCACAGGACCAAGACGGACUCAACACCUGCCCUAAGUCCACCUCCUCAGAGCAGUUCACCUGUGACCCAAGCUGAAGAUCCACAACCACCCUCCACUUCUUCACCUCCAGCAGAUCCUGUAGAUGAGACUCCAGUGCCAGAAUGUGAGCCAUACACAAGUCAAGAAAGCAUGUUUCCACCACCUCUGCCCCUGCUGUCCUCACCAACUGCUGCUCACACUGGAUCUGUGAAGAGUAGAGGAAGGGUUUAUGUGUUGGACCACAGGCGCUGGCCAGCUCCUAUGAGGAAGGUCAUCGAUGACUUGCUGGACAAACACCAUGGGCAGAAAGACAUGCUCAGUCUUGUGGACCAGGAGUAUGGGGCUCUACUUCUCAACUCCCGUACGGACCCGAACAGCUUGUUACACCCCACAACCGAAAUACAUAUUUCCCAGUAUGUAAAGCACCAGAGCAAGCUUACGACCACCAGCUCCUCUCCCAAUACCACAAUGAGUGAGACCACUACUGUGUCCAUUGAGACUGUUCCUACAGUAAACUCAUCUGCACCUGUUCAGCCCCCUGACACCAUAUCUAUAACACCAGAAUCCAUUGAAAGAAUAGUUUUAAGCAUUAUGGAAAAACAGCAGCAGCAGCAACCACAGGACCAAAAGAAGACCCAGACCAAAACUUGUCUGUCUUGUGGGCAGCCCAAGUCAAAGAACAAGAACGAUGGUUCUUCAUUCCAUUUCUUUUAUCAGCAAGGUCCUAUCCGAUACUUUUACUGCUCUACAAAAGUCUUUAAAGCCUAUGCUGCAGAAGGUCUGACCAAUCCUAAGAUGCCCUUUGCGGACUUUGCCAAAACAGACUUCUUUCAGAGGGAACUGGAUACUACAAAGAGAAAGGUGGAGGAGAAAGGGCAGCAGAAAAGGAAAAGAACUGAGCCUGAACCUCCUCCUGAACCUCCAUCCACAGGACGCAAGUGUGGGUUCUGCAGAAAGGAACUGAAGCAGGGCCCAAACAGCCCUCACAUACACACCGGCUUUCCUGGAAUUGGUGGAAAAUACAUUUACUGCCCAGCAAAAGUUCAUUCCUUGUUUAAGGAUAAGGGCAUGGAGAGAGAGAUGACCUGGAGAGAGUUUCAGGCAUCUCCUUUCUAUAACAUGGAAAGAGAGAGAUGGGCGGCAGAAAAGGGAAGACGAAACCUUUAAGUUACUCUCAUUUAUUUUGUAUUGUAAAUAUAACAAGCUGCUUUUGUGACUUUUACACAGUGUUGUAUGGUUAUGUUAAAUAAAGACUUUAAUAGAAUAAA